AUGGCAAGAAAUUCAAAGAAGAGUGCAAGAAAACGAUCCAUGGAAGAAUGUGUUACCAAGAAAAAUGAAGAGUUCCCUCAUGAGAAGAGUGGAAGAAGCAAGAAAAAAGAAGAGUUCCCCGUUGAGAUUAGUGGAAGAAGCAAGAAAAAAAAAGAGUUCCCCGUUGAGAUUAGUGGAAGAAGCAAGAAAAAGCAAUUCAGAAAAGAAGAUCAAAUUCAUGAGGAAUUGGAGACGAACAAGUCAAAGAAAUAUGGUGAAAUGAAUGGAGGAGGAAGUGAGAAAGAUUUGAGGAGGGAAGAAAGAAACAGAAGCAAGAAAGAAAGAAGGAUGAAACCCCAAAAAAAAUGGUUUGGUGAAAAAUUGAUAAGGGAAGCCGAUGCAUUGAGUAGGAAAGAAAGAGAGGAAUAUAUGAAGGAGGGUAAAAGAAUGUUGGUUUUUGAGGACGAGGAAGAUAAAGCCAGACAUGGUAAAAAGAAGAGAAAGAAGCACUCUCGUGUUCAGAAGAAAGGGAAGAAGGGAGAGAGCUGCUUCUGCUUCUGUCUGACUUGUGAAGUCAGUUACAUCCCAUAUGCGGAUGAUGUUAAAAUAGUCUCCUUAGUUUUUGCUGGUCAGCUUAAAGAAGCAUCUGAUACUUUUGUUAAGAUGCUUAAACAAGGCAUACCGCCUACCACAGUGACAUUCAAUACAAUGACAUUCAAUACAAUGACAUUCAAUACAAUGAUUCACAUUUGUGGAAACCAUGGACAGUUAGAGGAACUGAGUUCACUGCUGCAGAAAAUGGAAGAGGUGCGAUGCUCACCAGACACAAGGACCUAUAACAUUCUUAUCUCUCUACAUACUAAGCGUAAUGAUGUUGAUAUGGCAACAAAAUAUUUUAAAAGAAUGAAGGCGGCCCACCUUGAGCCAGAUCUUGUUAGUUACCGUACCCUCUUGUAUGCGUACAGUAUAAGGAAAUUGGUUUGUGAAGCAGAAGAGCUUAUAUCAGAGAUGGAUGAGAAGGGCCUCCAAAUUGAUCAGUUCACCCAAUCUGCUUUGACUCGGAUGUACAUCGAAGCCGGAAUGCUUGAGCGCUACUCAAAGAUUAUCCCUUUAAAAGAUAGGGCAGCGCACAACAGCAGCAGAAAAGAGGGGUAUACCAGUUCUCAAGUUGUUAUUGGAUAA